CCGAUAAGGCUGAAGAAGAGAGAACUGAUCCUCCAUCGACUGCUCCACGGUCAUCACCAUCAUCAUCACCACCGCCUCCGUCGCCGUCCCGGACCCCGAUCACAGCGCCGAUCAUCUCCACAGGCUCUUGCCGGGUGCUCAUCUAGUCCAAAGAUCAACGGAUCUAAAGCAGAGAAUUUUUUUCGAUCGUUUCUCCGACGCUUUUAUCGAAGAAGAAGAAGAAGAAGAAGAAGAUUGCUCUCGUUGUAAUGGCGACUACAGCAUGUUUCAUCAUUGUUAGCAGGAAUGAUAUCCCCAUAUACGAGGCUGAAGUUGGCUCUGCGAUUAAAAAAGAAGAAGCAGCUCACCAGCACCAGUUUAUACUGCAUGCUGCCUUGGAUAUCGUUCAAGACCUUGCAUGGACCACAAGUGCCAUGUUUCUGAAGGCAAUGGACAGGUUCAAUGAUUUGGUGGUGUCAGUUUACGUUACUGCUGGUCAUACUAGAUUAAUGUUGCUUCAUGAUUCACGCAAUGAAGACGGGAUUAAAAGCUUCUUUCAAGAGGUUCACGAACUUUAUAUAAAGAUUCUGUUAAAUCCGCUCUACUUGCCUGGAUCUCGCAUUACAUCGUCGCACUUUGACACAAAAGUUCGGGCUCUCGCCAGAAAAUAUCUGUAGCAUUACAUUUCAUAUCUUUACAUGAUUUUGGUUCAUUGGGUUACUGUUCCUGGUGUGGAAUAUUGAUCAUAGUUGUAUUUUUUUUAAAAUUAAAUUCUAAAUGUUGCGUUUUUUUUUCUUC